AUGUCCGGGGAUGUGGCCAGACACUCAGGCCCAAAAGGCAGCCGCGAAAAGUCCAUUUUUAAUCACUUUCUUCGUGUCGCUACUGUUAAUAGAAACGAGAGUGUUCUCGGUGAAGAUUCAAUUUCUUAUAAAGUUAAUCUGCGGCGGUUGGGGGUCUUUGUGGAGUGGAGCUCUGGAUGGCCCCCUCCAGCUCCUGAUUCAUCACUGUUCAAUCUGGCCGAGGAACACACUUUUAAAGACCCUGGGAAGAUACCCGGGGAACCUGAGGUGGUGAUUCACAGAUUAAGAAUUACUCUAACCAGCUGCAACGUGCAAUCAUUGGAGAGGGUACGUGCUGACCUGCUCAGAGACGCAAAGGAAAAGGAUCUCGUCGUGAAAGGACCAGUUCGGAUGCCUACCAAGACUCUGAGAAUCACUACAAGAAAAACUCUUCGUGGUGAAGGUUCUAAGACUUGGGAUUGUUUUCAGGUGAGGAGCUGCAGGCGACUCAUUGAUUUGCACAGUCCUUCUGAGAUUGUUCUGCAGAUUACUUCCUUCGGUCUCGAGCCAGGAGUCGAGGUUGAAGUCACCAGUGCUGAUGCUUAAAUCAGCUUUUUGAAUGAACUGAUUAUCGGUUGUUAUAAAAAAAAAAAAAAGAAAGAAAGAAAGAAAAAGAAAAAUCAGAGGGAUAGUGCAGUAACUCAUCAUGAGAUGACUAUGGCAAAGGCACAGGUGUUGAAGCCAUACAGACCACUGUUCAAGUCUGAAACUCUGCCACUUAUUAGGAUACUUUGAG